GACAGACUGAGGACACCCUCGGACACAAACACACAGGAAUAAACAUAGACAGAGAGACAAGACACAGAAUACACAUAUAUACACACACACACUCACACACACACACUCACACACACACACCAGAGGCAGACAGGUAUCAGGUGGGCCAGGUGAGGACAGCUGCAGGAUGUCUUUGUUUGAGUUUUGGAGGAAGAGGAAGGAGAGAAGAGAAGUUCUUCAGAGGAGCAGAGGGAGGAAGCUCGACCAAUCAGAACUGAAGCGCCUCCUGGGUGACGGUGGAGUUCGGGCGGCGCUGGGUGAUAGCAGAGUGGCAUCUCUUCUGCCCCCUGUUGGUACGGAGGUCUUUAGACGCUUCACAGCCGCCUCACUGGAGGAGAGCCAGAGACGCUAUGAAGCCAAAGAGGAGGAGAGGAAGAAGAGGAAGAACAACCAGGAAGCAAAAACGGUUCAAACUAAACCCACCAAUGACCUGAGAGAAGAGAGGACCCUCCCAUUCUUCUACGGAGACCCGCCCCCAGAGCUCCUCAACACCCCAUUGGAGGAGCUGGAUCCAUACUACCAAUCAGACAAGACGUUCCUGGUUCUCGGUAAAGGAAAUAUAAUCCACCGGUUUGAUUCCGGCUCCGCCUGUCUUCUCUUCAGUCCUUUUAACCCGCUGAGGAUCGGCGCCAUCAGAGUCCUUAUUCACUCUUUCUUCAGGUUUUUCGUCAUGCUCACAGUUUUGACAAACUGUGUCUUCAUGAUGAUAGAGGAUAAGCCAGACUGGAACUACAUUAUGGAGUGCAUCUUCCUGGCUGUCUACACCUUGGAGGUGAUCAUAAAAGUGUUGUCUCGAGGCGUCUGUGUGGGGAAAUGUUCGUUCCUCAGAGACCCCUGGAACUGGCUGGACGUCCUCGUCAUCAGCACAAUGUUGCUGUCUGAGUUUGUGGUUUCGGUGGAUCUUUCUUUUCUGACGUUGUUCCCUCGAAUUUUGAAGCUUCUACCACUCAUUCCAGGUAUGAAGUCCACCAUGAAAGUUCUCAUCCAAUCAGGGAAGCGUCUGGCAGGUGUCACGGUGCUGACAGUGUUCUGCCUCAGCUUCUUCGCUCUGAUUGGUCUUCAGCUCUUCAUGGGACAGCUGAAGAAUAAAUGUGUCAUGUGGCCGGUGAACGUGACGGACAGCUACCAUGAGAACGGAACAUUGGGCUUUGAUUUCUACAAGUACAUCAAUAACAACUCGAAUUACUAUUAUCUUCCUGGUCAGCUGGACGCUCUGCUGUGUGGAAACAGCUCUGCUUCAGGGAUGUGUCCGGGGGGUUUCACCUGUUUGAAGACCGGUCAAAACCCAACCUACGGCUACACCAGCUUUGAUUGGUUCGGCCCGUCUCUGCUCUCUAUGGUCAGACUGAUGACUCAUGACUUCUGGGAACACCUGAUGAUGCUGACGUUGAGAGCAGCAGGCAAAGAGUACCUGGCGGUCUUCCUGCUGGUCUUCUUCCCCGGGUGUUUCUGCCUCCUCUGCCUCAUUAUAUCGGCGGUUGCUAUGGCGAUAGGGGAGCAGGAGGAAGCCGCGGUUGCUAAGGCUCACCUGAGAGAACGAGAGUUCAGUCAGAUCCGGGUGGCGCUGGAGAGCGGAGACGAAGAACAGCGGGCAGCCAGCAGGGCGGCGCUCUCUGAGACAGAGGGGGAGAAGAUCCCAAAGAAGCAACACAACAAAGUGGAGGGCCCUGAGGACGGCGGCUGGUGUUCCCCUUGUGGCCCGGCCUUCACUGACCCCUGUCUGAAGUGGACUUGUUGUGGCUGCUGGCUCAAACAGCGUAUCUUCAGCUUCGUCAUGCACCCGAUGUUCGACCUCUUCAUCGUCCUCUGCCUCGUCCUGAACAUCGUGUUCAUGGGGAUGGAACACUAUCCUAUGUCGGAGCGGUUCGAGUCCACGCUGGCGACGGCUGAUCUGGUCUUCCUCUUUAUCUUCUUGGCUGAAAUGGUUCUCAGAAUCAUCGCCCUGGACCCGUACGGCUACUUCCGGGUGGGCUGGAACAUCUUCGAUUGCAUCAUCAUUUCCCUCAGCUUCGUCAUGAUGAUGUUCGAGCUGAUCGGCUUCUGGUUAACAGUGCUGCGAGUGUUCAGGCUUGCCAGGUGGUGGCCUGCGUUCCACAAGUUCCUGAAGCUGGUCUGGUCCUCGGUGUGCGCCCUGAGGAACCUGACUCUGGUCCUGCUGGUCCUGGUCUUCCUGUUCAGUGUGGUCGACACACAGCUGUUCCAGAAUAACUACAGAGACUGUGCUUGCCGCAUUAGUACAGACUGUGAGCUCCCACGCUGGCACAUGAGCGACUUCUACCACUCCUUCCUCCUGGUCUGCAGGGUCCUGUUCGGAGAAUGGAUCGAGACUCUGUGGGACUGCAUGCAGGUCUCAAAUAAAGCCACUUGUCUGCUGUUCUUCAUGACUCUCGUGGUCAUCGGGAAACUGCUGGUCAUGAGUCUGUUCCUGACCCUGUUGCUGAGCUGGGUGACCAGUGACUGUCUGUAUCCAUCACAACAAACGGAGAGGACCAGCCUGCACGCCGCUGUAGUCCAGAUCAGAAGGACUUUCCGACGUCUGCUGGGAAAGGAGAAUCCAGAUCCAACAGCUGCUGACAGCGAGGACGGGGACAGGAAGGACGGCCUGGCCCUGGACCUUGUGACCUCGGACCAGUAUUCGUCAGAGCUUCAGGCCCUCAAAGGGGAAACCAGCGAGCGGCUGGACAUCGAGUCCCAGAGAGUCCCCAUCGCUGAGAUCCAGGAUCCACUCAAAGCUGAGAAAGAAAUGACCAGUGACGAUGAGACCAAGUGUCCUGAGGGUCAGCCGGACCAACAGGAUCCAGAUCAGAGAGGAACACCUGAGGACUGCUGCUGUGACGGGUGCUAUCGAUGCUGUCCCCUGCUGGACUUAAAUAAGUCCCAGAGCCUGGGGAGGGUCUGGUCUACCUUCAGGAGAAGCUGCCUCUCCAUCAUUCAGCAUCGAGCCUUUGAGGCCUUCAUCUUCCUCAUCAUCGUGCUGAGCUGUACAGCUCUGGUGUUUGAGGACAUUCACCUGCCUCAGCGUCAGGUCCUGAAGAUGGUGGUGGAGAUUGCAGACCAGGUGUUCACCUUCGUCUUCCUGCUGGAGAUGCUUCUGAAGUGGAGCGCUUUGGGACUGAAGAAGUACUUCACGGACGCCUGGUGCUGGCUGGACUUCCUCAUCUUAGACGUGUCUCUCGCCUGUCUAAUCGCUGGCCUGAUGGGAUCCUCUGAGUGGGGAGCCUCCAUCUUCUCUCUGAGGGCCCUGAUGCCUCUGAGGAUCCUGUCCCGCGUCCAGGGCCUGAGGGUGGUGGUUCAUACUCUGGUCCGGUCUUUUCCGUCCCUGUUUGAUGUGGUUCUGGUGUCUUUGAUGGUCUGGUUUGUCUUCUGCCUUGUGGGCGUGAGGCUGUUCGCUGGGAAAUUUCAUUUCUGUUUCAAUGAGACGUCAGAGGAGUACUUCUUAGCUGAGCAUGUGAACAACAAGACCGAGUGCUUCUACCUGAUUGAUGCAAACUUCACUGAAAUCAGAUGGAAGAACGCCAAGUACACCUUCGACCACAUGGGGGCCGGUUACCUGUCACUGUUUGUGGUGGCGGGGUCAGGUAGUUGGAUGGACAUCUUGUACUCAGCUUCAGACGCGACGAGGAUCGAAGAUCAGCCACAGUAUGAGGCGAACCUGAAGGCAUACCUUUACUUUGUCUUCUUCAUCAUCGCCGUCUUCUUCAACUUCAACUUCAUCGUAGGAGCAAUCCUCCACUCCCUGCAGAAAGACAAGUCUGAAGGUAGACCUCUCUUCGUGACGAUGGACCAGGUGAAAUUUAUGAAAGCCCUGAAAAGUCGACUCAGCAGGAAACCUCAGAAUCCAGCUCCUCAGGGCUCGUGCCGGGCUCGGCUCUUUGGCCUGGUGACCAGCCUGCAGUUUGAAGUGUUCAUGGCGGUGGUGGUCUGCCUGUACAUGGUGGUUCAGAUGGCAGAGACGGAAGAUCAGAGUAUGCAGGUGGACAUCAUUAUGAACUGGGUCCACUUCACCUUCUUCAUCAUCAUCCUCAUCGAGUUCAUCCUGAAGAUCAUAGCAUUCGCAUGCCAUUACUUCAAGUCCAGCUGGAACAUCCUGGACUUCCUGGUGCUUCUUGUAUACUGUAUUGGUCUGUUCCUCGCUGACCUCUUUGAAAAGUAUUUUGUGUCACCUCCUGUUUUUUCCUUGCUCCGAUUGGCUUGUGUUGCUCGGGUGAUUCAUCUGAUUCCCCGGACCAGGGGGAUCAGGAAACUGGCCUGGGCCUUGUUAAUGUCACUUCCUGCCAUCUUUAACAUCAGCCUCCUCUUCUCCAUCCUGACGAUCAGCUACUCUGUCUUUGGCAUGUUUAACUUCGCCUACAUGCAGAGAACGGCUGGGAUCGAUGACAUGUAUAACUUUGAGACAUUUUGGAACAGUCUGAUCUGUUUAGUGAUGACCUCGCCCUCCUCUACGUGGGCUGGUCUGCUCUUACCCAUCAUGGACACGCCCCCUGACUGUGACCCUCUCAUGGAGCACCCAGGACUGAUGGACACAAGUAACUGUGGCAAUCCAAUGGUCGGCAUUGUCUUCUUCGUCACCUUCAUCAUCCUGUCCUCCUUACUGCUGGUUCACCUGUACAUCGCAGUCCUCCUGGAGACCUUCAGUCUAAAGAACCCGGGGCACCCGAGUGACCGGGACCUCGACAUGUUUUAUAACACCUGGAGGAAGUUUGACCCCGACGCCUCCCAGUGCAUACAGUACAGUGAUCUGUCAGAUUUCUGCAGUACUCUGAAGGACCCGCUGAGGAUCCCCAAACCAAACUCCAUCAGACUGAUCCACAUGGAUCUGCCACUGCUGCCUGGAGACAAGGUCCACUGCAAGGACAUUCUGCUGGCUCUGUCCACACAGGUGUUUGGUGACUCAGUGGAUGUGGAGACUCUCAAAACCAGACUUGAAGAAAAGUUUGCAACCAACUCCAAGGUGUCCUGUGAACCCAUCAGCAGCACUCUGCAGAGGAAACAGGAAGAUGUGGCAGUGACAGUGAUCCAGAGAGCGUUCAGGAAACGCCUCCAGCAGAACGCAGACGGGGCGGGACAGUCUGCGGGUGGUGCUGAGGGUGGUGGUGCUGAGGGUGGUGCAGAUGUUUAAGAUUCUGACUAAGCUGCAGAAGACCAGGUGACUUCCUGUCAGGAGAGUGUUAGGAGUCAUGUGACCAGGUUUUACACACUGAGACACAGCUGUCGUCUUCAUAUCAAGACUAACUCCAAUUACGCCAAUCUCCUAUAACUAACAACCCUCAUCGUAUAACCUUUAUUACCAUGUUCAUGUUCUCAUAACCAUGCUGCUGUAGUGACUCAAAUAUAAGAUUCUGCAAAGUGAGUGUAUCCUUCAUGACGGAGAUCAGGCGUCACCGCUGCAGCGCUAAAAGGAGGAAAGAUGGAGAGACACGGGGAGCGGAGGACAGUAACUGCUGAGGCGGAGAGACGCCGCCGUAAUCCAGAGACGUUAGCCGACCGUCACACAGUCAAGAGAGAGAGAGUACUGUCCAGAGACCACGAGUGGAUCCAGACCGUCUUAGAGGAGUACAGAGCCUCAUCCACCCGACACACCACAGCGUGUUAUUACAGCAGGAGUAUUGAUACCUGAGUGCAUCACUGACAGGGUCCUUUUUAUUUCAUUGAUUAUAGAUUAUCGUUCGUUCAAAGACUACAAACAUUAGCUUCAUUCAGCGUGGGAUCUUAGUCAUGUAGUCUUGAUGGAGGGGGGGCCGUCUGAUCGGCAGUGUGGUCUUAUAUUAGGGUCAUUAUGGUGACAUCAUCAUUAUAAAUAUGUUCAUGUGAGUCAGAGCUGAGCAGCUCCACUAACUCUGUCUUAUAUCAUCACAAACAGUGCGUCAGUUUGUUAGCCUACAGCUAAGCUAAACGAUAACAUCAACCAUAUUUAAUCAACAGUGUUUACCAUUAUUUAGAAUCACAACAUGCUAACACUUAUACCCUCCCAGUUUAGAUUCUUCAACUCUCACCAUUCAGGAAUGAAGCGCUGAUCGUGUCUUUACAUCGGCUUUAAACGUGACUCACUCACACGGAGGAUCUGAUUCAGGUUACAGUGAGAGACAGGCAGACAGGAGAGAGAGGGACAGACAGGAUCCCAGUGUGCCAGUUCCCCCAGCAGUCUAAGCCUGUAGCAGCCUGAGCUUGUAGCAGUCUGAGCCUGUGCCAGUCUGAGCCUGUCGCAGUCUAAGCCUAUAGUAGUCUAAGCCUGUCGCAGUCUAAGCCUGUCACAGUCUAAGCCUGUUGCAGUCUAAGCCUAUAGUAGUCUAAGCCUGUCGCAGUCUAAGCCUGUCGCAGUCUAAGCCUGUCGCAGUCUAAGCCUAUAGUAGUCUAAGCCUGUCGCAGUCUAAGCCUAUAGUAGUCUAAGCCUGUCGCAGUCUGAGCCUGUCGCAGUCUAAGCCUGUCGCAGUCUAAGCCUGUAGCAGUCUAAGCCUAUAGUAGUCUAAGCCUAUAGUAGUCUAAGCCUGUCACAGUCUAAGCCUGUCACAGUCUAAGCCUGUCACAGUCUAAGCCUGUCGCAGUCUAAGCCUAUAGUAGUCUAAGCCUGUCACAGUAUAAGCCUGUCACAGUCUAAGCCUGUCGCAGUCCGAGCCUAUAGUAGUCUAAGCCUGUUGCAGUCUGAGCCUAUAGCAGUCUGAGCCUGUAGCAGUCUGAGCCUGUCGCAGUCUGAGCCUGUCGCAGUCUGAGCCUAUAACAGUCUAAGCCUGUUGCAGUCUAAGCCUGUAGCAGUCUGAGCCUAUAGCAGUCUAAGCCUGUUGCAGUCUAAGCCUGUCGCAGUCUGAGCUUGUCGCAGUCUAAGCCUGUAGUCUAAGCCUGUAGCAGUCUAAGCCUAUAGCAGUCUAAGCCUGUAGCAGUCUGAGCCUAUAACAGUCUAAGCCUGUUGCAGUCUGAGCCUGUUGCAGUCUAAGCCUGUUGUAGUCUGAGCCUGUCGCAGUCUGAGCCUAUAACAGUCUAAGCCUGUAGCAGUCUGAGCCUAUAACAGUCUAAGCCUGUUGCAGUCUGAGCCUGUUGCAGUCUAAGCCUGUUGCAGUCUGAGCCUGUUGCAGUCUAGGCCUGUCGCAGUCUAAGCCUAUAGCAGCAUAACUAAGACCUGGUCCAAGCCUGAUCCAGCUCUAACUAUAAGCUUUAUCAAAAAGGAAAGUUUGAAGCCUACUCCUAAAAGUAGAGAGGGGGUCUGCCUCCCUGGACCCUGACUGGUAGAUGAUUCCAAAGGAGAGGGGCCUGACCUCCCAUACUACUGUUAACAUUGUUGCUAUCAUUGAUUUCAAAUGUUUACCCUUUGAAACUUCAGAUCUGCCUCUCUGCAGUAACAGUGUUGAGUUCAUGUGACAGUCACAGCUGGGAUCUUUCAGAGCUCUGCUGCUAAAUGUUCAUCAUGUAGAAGAGAGCAUGCUAAUAUCUUAGCAUGUUAGCAUCAGAUGAACCCUCUGUUCUUUUCACAUGCUCGUGUUUUUAUACUUCAUGUUUUUAUACUUUAAGUUUUCUGAUGUAUUAUUUUGUGUAAACUGUAUUUUCUUUUAACUGUACUAAAAAACAGACUCAAUAAAGGGAGCUCUGUACGCUU